AUGCCGUAUUUGAAGAAGAUAAACUACCUUCCUUCUGCAAAGGCUUAUGCCACCAGGACAUUCUUGUUCUUGAAAGAUGACGGGACUUUGAAGCCACUUGCGAUUGAAUUAAGCAAGCCACGUUUGAUUAGAGAUUGUGAUUUGGGUUUUAAACCGGUGUUGCCAUUGCCAGUCAUCGAUGUCCAGCCACAUCCAGAUAUAAAUUAUCAUUGGGGUGUUGAGAGCAAAGUUGUGUUGCCUGCAGACAAAGGUGUUGAAAGUACAAUCUGGCUAUUGGCCAAGGCCCAUGUUAUUGUCAAUGACACCAACUAUCAUCAGCUCAUAAGCCACUGGUUAAAUACUCAUGCAGUGAUGGAGCCAUUUGCCAUAGCAACACACAGAAAUCUCAGUGUGGUUCACCCCGUUUAUAAACUUCUUCAUCCUCACUACCGUGACACCAUAAAUAUCAAUGCACUUGCUAGGGAAAUCCUGAUUAAUGCAGGUAGCAUUGUAGAGCAAACGUUCUUGCCUGGACCGUAUUCUAUGGAGAUGUCUUCAGCUGUAUACAAGAAUUGGGUUUUCACUGACCAAGCAUUACCGAACGAUCUCAUCAAGAGGUAG